GUGUUACACCUGUAAUCUGAUACAUACUCCAGAGCAGAAGAGGGCACCGAUGCACAUACAAGCUGGAUGCUAACUGCUGAAAAACAAACAAAGAAAAAGAAGCAAACAAACUCCUCCAGACACUCUUCUCCAGCAUCAGAUGUGUUGACUGCUGUGAUGAUGAUGGAACGAGAGAACAAGAGGUCUGCUGAACGCAAGAUUGUGCACUGUUUGCAGUGCUACAAGCCACAGAAGACCCUCUCUGUGCACCUGGCCAGGGUGUGCAUGAAAAAAAGCACAGCAGAAGAACGAGCGGAGCAGGUGAAGAAGGCCAAGGCUUCCAGCAGAGAGUGGAUCUGGAAGAACAGGACCUGGAAUUACCAGCAGCUCUGUGAGCUCCUGCCUGACAGACGCUCUCGGAUCGCCAUGGUCAAGGAGCUUCUUCGCCGUGGUUUCUUCAUCAUGAACCAGCCAGAGGAGUCCGACAUGGUCUUGGACCCUGAAGGUGACUCGGCCUCUGAUGAUGAUGCCACCGAAUCCUCCGGAGAUCCUCUAACCGUAUCGCACUCUGUGAGGUCAAAGAUGAAGGAGGCGGGUCUGCAUGACAAGUUCCCUGCUCAGGCCAAGCUCCUGGUGGACUUUAAAAAGUACCUGACUGUGUCAAAGAAGGUCCUCAACUGGAAACAGGAGGUUGACAACGUGUCCCGCUUCCUUCGGUUCUUGCAGCCCACUGGGAUUGAGCCGUCUCUGGACUUCCUGUCAAAAACCAAGGAGGCCCAGGACUUUCUGACGGCCCUGAAGCGCACUGACAUGUCUUCAGCCACCGUCCACAAUUACAUCAAGAGCAUGAAUAGGUUCUUAGAGUACUUGACGCUAAGACUGGAUUUUCAAAAAAGAGACCCGCAGCUCCGGACCAACUGCCAGAGAUACACUAAAAUACUGGAGACCCUGUGGAAGACUGUACUCAAGAGCCACGAUGAGAACACGUCUAACUCGAGAACUGAAGGCACUCCAUGCAUUAAAGAUUGCCAGAAGAUUUUGAGAGAGGCAAAGCCAGACUUCCUUUGGAUCCAUGAGAAUCUGCUUAUGGGAAAAAAGGUCUCAAAUACAGAGAAGACGCUGUACCGCUAUUACUGCGAGGCACUCUUGGUCUUCCGUCACAUGCAGCUUCCAGGAGCUGUGGAAGGCUUCACAGAUGCAGACUGGGUAGAGAGGAUUGCACAAGGUGGCAGGGUGGUGAUUGGCGUAAGGAAGGAGAAAACUGCAAGUAUGCAAAUCGCCUUGACACAAGACGAGGAAGCUUGCUUUCAGCUGUACUACAAGGAGAUCAGGCCUAAGAACAUUGGGCUCAAAAAAUUCUGCCAAAGUUUUUUUACUUCGACGUCCGGCAACACUGUUCACAGUGUCUCACAAGACAUGAAUCACCUGCAUGAAAUGUAUAAGCUGACCCCUAUCAGGAGUUAUGAUAUACGGAGGGCCGUUGAGAACGCUGCAGAAAAGCUCCCAGUGCACCAACAUGAGGCCGUGAUUCAUUACCUGGCCCAUAGCGCUAGUGCGGACAGAAGGCCACAGCCUCAGGAUAUUGUGGAUGCAGCUUUGCUGCUGGACUCCUUGAAGGGCACUUCUUCAGAUGAUGACACCUCCUUGGCUGAACUGAGUACUGCUGGAACCAAGGAGCGAUAUGCUUCACGGAAAGACUUCUCUGCCUUUCUGGACACAUUUCCGGUUUUGUUGGAGGGCCAGCCACCGACCAAAAGGCAGCGGGUCGAUUCAGGGUUUCCUGAAGACCGUGUCUUUUAUGACAAGUGGAGAGCUGCCCAGUAUACCGAGAGAGAGGAAUAUCUGCUGUCACAAUUCACACACUGCAAGCCAUCUGCCUCAAAGGUGGCAAGGCUGAUUGCGCAGGAAGGGUGGAAGGCCAACUAUCCAAAGCCAGAAGAAAUCCAGCGGCUGUGGAAACCAGCAUCCACAGACACCAUUGAGGCAGAUGAGCUUAUAAUAAAAUGUGUGUUUGAGCAGGCCUGGACAGGCCUGGCCAUCAAGGACUUUGGUGCUGAGGAGGGUCUAGGGGUGGUCGCAACCCGACCAUUUUCUAAAGGCGACAUUGUGUGCGAUUACCACGGAAAGGUAAUCAGAGCAGCCGAAGGGAUGGCCAUGAUGGACGGACAUCAUGACGUGGCCAGGUACCUGUUCUUCUUCAAAACUGCACAGAGAGACCUGUGCAUUGAUGCAAGGACUGGUUGCGAUUGCCACCCUGACACAGACACAGUUGGCCGAAGAAUUAAAUGUUGUUCUAAGAGGCCCAACCUGGAGCCCCUUCACUGUGUGAUGAAGGUAAAUGGAGAGGACCAGGAUGUCAUCCUCUUCAAGGCCCUGCAGGACAUCAGCAUCGACACGCAAUUAAAAUUUUACUCUGGAGGAAUAAGAAAAUCUUUCCUUGGCCUGGACCUGGACUGGCUGGAUGAGUAGGCUGGGUCCACAGAUCCAUUAUCUGCUUCUCCACUGGCAGGCCAGUGUGAGCCAGUGCUUUCAACAGACUUGCGGGGUAAAUAGCCUUGGACCAGUAGCAUCAAGCCCAAAAUCAAGCUGUGUCUGACCAGUGCUUAAUCAUAAUGUCCUCAACACGACUCCUUGGAAAAAUGGCAUGCAACCUCAUCAUCUCACCAACAAGACGUUUUCUCACUUUGGAAAAUAGCAAGAUUGCAAAAUGAACAUAAUAAAAAAAAGUUUGCUUUUUGUUUUUUCACUUCUAGAAUUAAAUCCAAAGCAACAAUGUUUUACCUCAUUGUAUCUACAAUGAUAAUUCAGUGCCAGGACUGCUCUUUAAUCAUGCAGAAAUAAAGUGGUAUUUACUCUUUCUCAAAAGAAGGAGGACACACAUACUUAUUCAUUUGUGUCUGUUUCUGUUUAUUUGCAAUCACACACAAAAAAACUGGGGCCAAAGGCAUGCACAUUAAAAAUGUUAAUAGUACAUUCUCAUGUGUACAUCACAUUUCCUUAGAUUUAUAAUUUCUAUUACUCUACCAAAUUAGAUGAUCUGAUGAGCUUUGAAAUGUGCUCUCCAGUCCCAAUAUAGUGUUACUUUAGCCAAUGCAAACGAAAAACUAAGGUUAUUAUAUAUUUUAUGACACGGUUAAAAAUGGAUGUGGGGCAGUCCAGUAUAGAGACAAGAUGUAUUGACAGGUAAAAUAUGUAACCAAAUAAAUCCAACGGUCCAAAGGAAUAAAUUGGCUUUGAAAUUCACUAAGAUGGGAGGUUGGAAAGACCCGAACCAACCCUGAAAUGAUGGAUGAUAGAACAAUCAUUGGAUGAUGACUCGUAUAGUGGAUGUAUUUACACUCCACAAAAAAAAAAAGCCAGAGAUUCAUAUUGCUAAAUUCACAAAUACCAAACUCUUGCAAAAUUCGCUCCAUUUUUACCGUAAAGAAAGGCAUUACAGGCAUAGCAAAACAGUUAAAGAUGUUAAAAACUAUAGUCCUAGUAGAAGGCUUCAAGAAAAGCCAUGCCAAAAAUACCUUUUGUGCAAGUAUGCUGGCAAAUGAUUCAAUAAAGGCAUUUUAUCCCUCAUUCAUGAUAGUACCAUGACACCUGCGUCACGGUACUCUCAUGAAUGGCAGUGGAUUGUGAUGUAGAAGAAAAGAAUUGUUGAAUAAAGAUGUUAUUUUUGUUUUAUCUGUAUAAUAAAGGGACCAGUUUUAUAUUUUAUUGUUUGUGUUUUUGAAUACAUUGUAUGAAACAUAUUCCAUUGUUGUCUGAUACCUGACUCCACGAUGAAUCUGUGUGCAUUGUGUACUUGAUGUACGUGUGGGUCCCCGGCCCAAUUUCCAGAGUGGCAUUGUCUGUAUUUAGCACCAUAAUUGGUGUUGUCUUAAUUUUCAGAUCAUCCAGUAGUGCCACAUUAAGGUACUCUUGCAGGUGUAUA